CUCGACGGAAUCACGUGACAUGUUCUUGUUUUGCGCAUCCCGUUCCCCGCACAGCCUGUGGACUGGACGACUCCUCUCAAUAUCGCUGUGAAAAUGGGGACACCUGAGAACCUGUCUGGUGGUACAGGUGGGCGAAGGGAGCCCCUCAGAUUUGACCAGGAUGCGUCCGCGACGGCGGUGGACAUGGACACGGCAAUUGUGCUUCUCGGAGCCGGGGUGACAGCUAUCACACACCCGCUGCUGUACGUCAAACUGCUCAUUCAGAUUGGACAUGAGCCCCUCACCCCAACUGUCGGAACCACCAUGUUUGGGAGGAAAGUGUUGUACCUACCUGGAUUCUUCUCCUAUGCACAGCACAUCGUAAGGGUUGAUGGAAAGAUGGGACUCUUCCGAGGUCUAUCCCCUCGUAUAAUGUCCAGUGCCAUCUCCACCAUGGUCCGGAGUAAAGUCAAACAGGCCGUCCCAGCAGAGCAGGCGGAGCAUGUAUCGAACAGAGACGGCUUGAAGACCUCCCUCAGGAAAGUGAUGAAAGAGACCUCACAUGAGAUGGUCAUCCAGUGCCUGUCCAGAAUAGCCACUCAUCCCUUCCAUGUGAUCUCCGUGCGAUGCAUGGCUCAGUUUGUGGGGAGAGAAGUCGAGUACAGGGGGCUGUUCAGCAGCAUCACCAAAAUCUUCAACGAUGAGGGCAUUGGGGGAUUCUUUGUGGGGGUUGUGCCCCAUGUCCUGGGUGAGGUCAUCUUUCUGUGGUGUUGUAACCUCCUGGCCCACUUCAUCAACACCUACGCCGUGGACGACAAUUUCAGCCAAGCCCCAGCAGUGAGAAGCUACACCAAGUUUGUGAUGGGGAUUGCAGUGAGUGUGUUGACGUACCCAUUUAUGCUGGUGGCAGACCUAAUGGCAGUUAACAACUGUGGGUUGGUGGCUGGUCUUCCCCCUAACUCUCCCAUCUUUAAGUCCUGGGUCCACUGUUGGGCUCAUCUGAGCCACGAGGGCCAUCUCUUCCGAGGAUCCAGCUUCUUUUAUCGCCGCGUGCCUGUGACAGGGAUGGCUUUGACUGAGGAGUGAUAAAAUCAACCACCGCACAACCUGUGCCACUGUUCUCCUUCCUAACCGGUACCUCAGUGAGACCAAUGUACAACCACCCCCUCACCUUAAACCCCCCCAGUGGAUAAAGCCGGAGCAGCAUGUUAUCAAUGGGCUAGGUGUUUUACUGAAGUAAAGUUACUUACAAAUUAA